GGAAGCCACAUGUCGACGGCAGCUGAAUAAAAGUCGGCCCGGCAGACCUAGGGUGACAUUUUUUUGCCAAACGCCAGCAAGCAUGGACCUCACUGUCCUGUGGGUGCUCCUGCCGCUGGUCACCGUGGCCUGGGGCCAGUAUGGCGACUGGUACCCGUACCAGCAGUACCAGGACUACAGCGACGACGGGUGGGUGAACCUGAACCGGCAGGGCUUCAGCUUCCAGUGUCCCCACGGGCAGGUCGUGGUGGCCGUGAGGAGCAUCUUCAGCAAGAAGGAGGGCUCUGACCGGCAGUGGAACUAUGCCUGCAUGCCCACACCGCAGCGCCUGGGGGAGCCCACGGAGUGCUGGUGGGAGGAGAUCAACAGGGCCGGCAUGGAAUGGUACCAGACGUGCUCCAACAACGGGCUGGUGGCGGGCUUCCAGAGCCGCUACUUCGAGUCGGUGCUGGACCGGGAGUGGCAGUUUUACUGCUGCCGCUACAGCAAGAGGUGCCCGUACUCCUGCUGGCUGACGACAGAAUACCCAGGCCACUAUGGGGAGGAAAUAGACAUGAUUUCCUACAACUACGAUUACUACAUGCGAGGAGCAACCACCACUUUCUCUGCUGUGGAGAGGGAUCGCCAGUGGAAGUUCAUCAUGUGCCGCAUGACAGACUACGACUGCGAAUUUGCAAACGCUUAGAUCUGCCCCUGCCAGACCUGGGCGAAGGGAAGGGGCCGGGAGUCCCAGUGUCCUGCGUGUGACGUCAGCUGGAACCCCCCCCCCACCAGCUGUUUCUGCCGCUCUUUCUUCUCCCUGAUGCGGGAACAGCUGUGCCAGCCGCCUGGGCCCUUCUCAUGGCACCGCAUUUAUAAGGACAUCCACAAUUAAGCCGCGUUUCUCGCUUUCAACGUAUUCCGUAGCAACUGUCUCCCAUGACUGUCGACGCUCCCUGCCGGCACGUGCCCACUGGGCUCCCAGGCCGCCUCCUGGGCCCUGGCUCGCCUGGCUGCUGCUGUACUGUAAAAUGAGCUUU